GGUUCAAGUAGCACAGCACUGCACUGAAGCGCCUCACAAAACCCUCAACAAAACAAAAACCAUUUGCACCACAAAAAUCAUCAUCUCAAUCCCUCAACCUUCCCUCAACCUUCUUCUUUCAAAUCAUGGAUUCUUCUUCCCAUCAGCAAAACCCUUGUCUCCUCAUUGCAGACAAACAAACCCAACACCAAGACCACCCUCUUCCCCUGUCCCCUCUCGCAACCCCCACCAAAUCCCCAUCCCCCGCCGUCCCUCGCAACACCUCGCCGCCGCCGGAGUUUCCAGAUUCCGCGGGGGUGCGCCGCCGCUGCAAAACCAGAGCACCCCAAACUGCGUCCCCGAGGAACCCUCGCAAAUCGCGGCGGCGCUCCGAGCUCGAGAUUCGAGAAGAAAAAGAUUCAAUCUUUCUCGAAGAGGUCGGAAAACCCAGAAAGAGAAGACAAACCGCGCGAACUAAGAAGGAGAAACCUAACUCUGCUCCGCCUUCAACCCCAUCUCCAAAGAGCGAAGAAGAAAAUGGUGGUGAUUUCGACCGUGUUGGGCAGGUUGUGAGUGAUUUGAUCAUGUGGAAGAAUUCGUCAAAGUCAACCUUUUGGUUUGGGUUUGGUUCUCUUUGUCUCGUAUCUUCGUGCUUUACUCAAGGACUCAACUUUAGUAUCUUCUCGGCCUUGUCGCAAUUGGGGAUUCUCUUAUCGGGUGUUUCGUUUUUCUCGAAUUCGAUUUGUCAAAGAAAUGAGGUUGAAGAGAAGAGGGAAAUCAAGCUGAAAGAGGAUGACAUUUCGCGUCUUGCGAAAUUAAUUCUUCCUGCUCUGAAUUUUGCUCUUUCAAGGAUGAGAGCACUGUUCUCGGGAGAACCAUCCAUGACCCUCAAAGUAGUUCCUUUUCUUCUACUAGGAGCGGAGUAUGGCCACUUAAUUACUAUCUGGAGGCUGUGUGCCAUUGGAUUUCUUGUCAGCUUCAGUGUCCCCAAGCUUUAUUCUUGCUACACUGCUCAGAUAAACCAGAGAGCUGAGGGCUUGAAAUCAUGGUUGUUGGACACAUGGAGUGCUUGCACUCGCAAGAAGAAAGUGAUGGCAUCAGCACUCAUGGCCUUCUGGAAUCUAUCUUCAAUAAAAACUCGAAUCUUCACAGUUUUUAUAUUGCUCGUACUAUGUAGAUAUUUAAGGCAGCAUGUGGUACUGCAAUUAGAAGAUGGAGAAGCACAAGUAGGAGAGAAGGAACAGCAAAAAGAUUUGGUGAUGGCAGAACUAGAGGAGAAGGAACCACAACAGGCAUUAGUUGUUAGGGAACAAGGGCGCCAAAACUAGUUAGCUCUUUGUUAUGGGAUGCUUCUUUGUCCCUAUUUGUUGAACAUACAUAAUCAAGAGUCAUUAGUCAGUCAGAUGAUUAAACUGAUUCAAGUUUUCACACAAUCUGACUUCCAAUUUCAACACGUAGUAUUGAUUUUCAAUAUUCAAUUGUGAGAAACUCAUUGUUUCUGUGCUAGCACUGAAUUCUUCACUUAAUGCACACCAAUCGGCGUUUAUUUGUACUUUC